AUGAUGGAAUAGGAAAUUUUUAAAUUAAUUCAAAUUCCAAUCCCAAUAUCCAAUCAAACUCUUUUACUUGAUACUAAUUAUAUUCUAGAUUAAUAAUAGAAGGUGAUUUUAUUGAACAUAAAAACAGGAUAAAAGUGGGAAAUUGAUUAUUAGAUCAGAUUAGAUUAAAUAACUGGAAUAUCAAAAUAUAGGGAGAACACUUAUUAUUUGGUUGAAUAGUUUUAGAAUGCUGCUCAAAUUUAUAGAAUGAUUAUAACAAGUAAAUAAGUUAUGGUCAAGUUAAUGUAUAAGACUGAAAUGUAGCGAUUUUGUUAUCAAUUGAAUGAUCUAAAAGAUAGAAGAAUGUAAUAGCAUAAAGCUAGAAUUAAAUCAGGAUACUUUAAAUAUUCAGAAGUGUAUGUUUCAUUAUAUAAAUGUGGAUUACUUCCAGCAAUGUAAAAUUUGACAAAAUGUAAGAAUUAAGAUUCUGGUUUUGUGAAUGAUUAUUUUAUUAAAGCAACUAAGGAUAUAGUUGAGAUAUCAAAAGAGAAUUCAGUAUUAAGUCUUUAUGAGUUAGAUGAAUAAGAUGAAGAUAAAGUGUUAUAAAGAAUCUAGUUGCCAAAUUAAUGUAAUUAAGUAAGAAAUGGGUUGUUAAAAGUUGGGGAAUAACUAUUUCAAUUAUAAUGA